UAAACUUUCUUUCUUGUCAUUUUCAGGGAAUCUGGGAAAAAUUGCAAAGUCUAUACCUUUAGUAAGGAUGGCACCUUGUUUGCCUGGGGCAACGGAGAAAAAAUAAAUGUUAUCAAUGUCACUAACAAGGGAUUGCUGCACUCCUUCGACCUCCCAAAGGCAGUUUGCCUUGAGUUUUCACCAAAAAACACUGUCCUGGCAACGUGGCAGCCUUAUACUACUUCUAAAGAUGGCACAGCUGGAAUACCCAACCUACAACUUUAUGAUGUGAAAACGGGUACAUGUUUGAAGUCUUUCAUCCAGAAAAAAAUGCAAAAUUGGUGUCCCUCUUGGUCAGAAGAUGAAACUAUCUGUGCCCGAAAUGUUAACAACGAAGUUCACUUCUUUGAAAACAACAAUUUUAACACAAUUGCAAAUAAAUUGCAUUUGCAAAAAAUUAAUGAUUUUGUGUUAUCACCUGGACCCCAACCUUACAAGGUGGCUGUCUAUGUUCCAGGAAGUAAGGGUGCACCUUCAUUUGUUAGAUUGUAUCAGUACCCCAAUUUUGAUGGACCUCAUGCAGCUUUAGCUAAUAAAAGUUUCUUUAAAGCUGAUAAGGUUACAAUGCUAUGGAAUAAAAAAGCUACUGCUGUGUUAGUAAUAGCUAGCACAGAUGUCGACAAGACAGGAGCAUCCUACUAUGGAGAACAAACACUGCACUACAUUGCAGCAAAUGGAGAAAGUGCUGUUGUGCAAUUGCGUGAGUAUCCCAGUCAUCUUCUUGUGAUAAAACAAUAGAGCACUAUGCCAUAAAGAGAAUCUAAUCCAAAUUCUUGAUCACGUGAUAAAACUCAAAUAUUUUAAUAGCCUUUAAGGCGAAAUUUCUCUUAGUUAAUAAACUUACUGUCAUCCCCACACAUAGAUUAUUUUGACAAAAUCCAGUUAAUUUAGUUCUGGGGAACUUGAUAAGUGAAAUAAUUUCAUUGUAGCAACUCUUUGGGGACUUACUUAUUAUGACAGUAAGUUGGUCUAGUGGGUUUAGCAUUGUCUUCAGAACUGAGGAAUGUUACCAUUUCAUCUUUUGUUUUGAUGAUAUAAAUUGCUGUAGAAUAAUACAGUUCUAAAAUUCUGGCAACUUCUUGAUUUUUCAUUUUGAACUGAAUAUGUAAAAGUAAGAUAAACUUCAUUAUAAAAAAACUAUGUAUUCCCUUUGAAGUCAGAAAGGAAACAAGGAUGACUCCUCUUUCUACUAUAAUUUAACAUUCUGAAAGACCUAGUCAGUGUAACUGAUCAAAAGAAUAAAUACACAAUUUUGAAAGGAGAAAACAGAAUCAUAUCUGUGCAUGUACAUGAAGUCACAGUAUAAACAGCCACUUAAAAAACAUAAUGGAAGGAAAGAUCCCAUAUAGACUAACAUAAAGGCAAGAAAUAAAUAGGACUAAUGGGAAGAAAACUUCAAAACUUCUAAGGGA